CUGGGGAGCGGGAGCGUGAACAACCUGCCUCGUGGUGCGACCGAGUCGCUCGUCUCCACUGCGCAUCUGCCAGCGGGGCUUUAACCACCUGCAGCUCCUCCAUCCGCCAACCUCCAGCGCGCGGGGGCCUCCCUGUCCCCAGCAGCCGGCCGGCAGCGGGGCUGGGCGAUGUUGAACGGGAUGGGAGAAUGGAGAGGGACCCAAAGCUUCCUCGCAUCUGCACCUUCCUCAAGCUGUGGCUGCACAGGAAACACCGAGCGAAGCCCUGCAGCCUGCAGCUGCCUGCCCCCAGCCAGCUCUCCAGCCCGGGUGAAGGCGUUGUGAAGGAAAUCAACAUCACGCACCAUGUGAAGGAGGGCUCUGAGAAAGCCGACCCUUCCCAGUUUGAGCUUCUGAAGGUUCUGGGCCAGGGCUCUUUUGGCAAGGUUUUCUUGGUGAGAAAAAUAACACCGCCAGACAGCAACCAUCUCUAUGCCAUGAAAGUGCUCAAGAAGGCAACACUGAAAGUGCGUGAUCGUGUAAGGACAAAGAUAGAAAGGGAUAUCCUGGCUGAUGUAAACCAUCCCUUUGUGGUGAAACUCCACUACGCAUUCCAGACAGAGGGGAAGCUGUAUCUCAUCUUGGAUUUCCUCAGAGGAGGUGACCUUUUCACUCGGCUUUCCAAAGAGGUCAUGUUCACAGAGGAGGAUGUGAAGUUCUACCUAGCAGAGCUGGCUCUGGGACUCGACCAUUUGCACAGCCUGGGAAUCAUAUACAGGGAUCUCAAACCGGAAAACAUCCUCCUGGACGAAGAAGGACACAUCAAACUCACAGAUUUUGGCUUGAGUAAGGAGGCUAUUGACCACGAGAAGAAAGCCUAUUCCUUCUGUGGGACGGUGGAAUACAUGGCACCAGAAGUUGUGAACCGUCAGGGCCAUUCCCACAGUGCUGACUGGUGGUCCUACGGGGUGUUAAUGUUUGAAAUGCUCACUGGCUCGCUGCCGUUCCAGGGGAAGGAUCGUAAGGAGACAAUGACCCUCAUCCUCAAAGCAAAGCUGGGCAUGCCUCAGUUCCUGAGCUCUGAAGCACAGAGCCUCCUGCGAGCCCUUUUCAAAAGGAAUCCAGCCAACAGAUUAGGUUCUGGUCCAGAUGGGGCAGAAGAGAUAAAGCGCCAUCCUUUCUACUCCACUAUUGACUGGAAUAAGCUGUACCGAAGAGAAAUCAAACCACCCUUCAAGCCUGCAGUAGGCCAGCCUGAUGACACCUUUUAUUUUGACACAGAAUUUACAUCACGUACACCAAAAGAUUCGCCAGGCAUCCCCCCUAGCGCAGGGGCCCAUCAGCUCUUCCGAGGCUUCAGUUUUGUGGCAACGGGAUUGAUGGAGGAUGGCAAGGUGAAACCUGCCCAGCCCCCUCUGCACUCAGUGGUACAGCAACUGCACGGCAAGAAUGUCCAGUUCAACGACGGCUACGUGGUGAAGGAGGCAAUUGGUGUUGGCUCCUACUCAGUGUGUAAACGCUGCAUUCAUAAAGCAACCAACAUGGAGUACGCAGUCAAGGUUAUUGACAAGAGCAAGAGAGACCCUUCCGAGGAAAUUGAAAUCCUCCUGCGAUACGGGCAGCAUCCCAACAUCAUUACCUUGAAAGAUGUUUAUGAUGAUGGGAAGUAUGUGUAUCUGGUGACUGAGCUGAUGAGAGGAGGGGAGCUGCUGGAUAAAAUCCUCAGACAGAAAUUUUUCUCGGAGAGGGAGGCCAGUUCGGUCCUGCACACGAUCUGUAAAACGGUGGAAUAUCUGCAUUCUCAAGGGGUAGUUCACAGGGACUUGAAACCCAGCAAUAUUCUCUAUGUGGAUGAGUCAGGGAACCCUGAGAGCAUUCGCAUUUGUGACUUUGGCUUUGCCAAGCAGCUGAGGGCUGAGAACGGCCUUCUCAUGACUCCUUGUUAUACUGCAAACUUCGUGGCACCCGAGGUACUAAAGCGGCAAGGCUACGAUGAGGGCUGUGACAUCUGGAGCCUGGGAGUUCUCCUUUACACAAUGCUUGCAGGCUGCACUCCAUUUGCAAACGGGCCCAGUGACACUCCAGAAGAGAUCCUGACCCGAAUAGGCGGGGGGAAGUUCUCUGUCAGUGGAGGCAACUGGGACACUAUUUCUGACUUGUCCAAGGAUCUGGUAUCAAAGAUGCUUCACGUAGAUCCUCACCAGCGCCUAACAGCCAAACAGGUCCUGCAGCAUCCGUGGAUAACUCAGAAGGACAGCUUACCCCAGAGCCAGCUGAAUCACCAAGACGUUCAGCUUGUAAAGGGGGCGAUGGCUGCCACCUACUCUGCACUGAACAGCUCCAAGCCAAGCCCCCAGCUGAAGCCCAUCGAAUCUUCCAUUCUGGCACAGAGGCGGGUGAAGAAGCUUCCUUCCACCACACUGUGAAACCGGGGCAGCCUGCAGCAGCGCGGUGCAGUGCGGUCACCAGACUUUGCACGACCUACUGAAGAUGAGGGGCAGGAAACUGGGUAGUCAGUGCCUGCAAAGGAGCUCCCUCGAGGACUUUUUCUCAAAUCCACGUCAAGGCCAAGUGCCUUCCGCCCCGAAAGACUUGUUCCUCCUUGUGUGGACUGAUCUUUGCUGAGAGAACUUCACUGUAAAACUUUUUUGAAGUGUAAAUUGUCAAUUUUUAAAGACAUCCAUCUGUGUAUAUGAGAACUAGAAUGUAUAACUGAUGUCAAGUGGCACUAAAAAGCAGCUCUGAUUCACCCUUUCUCGUGUAGGGCCAGAUACUUGUUGUAGCUACAUCAUUUCUUGGAAUUGAUCUGUUUCAACGCCAAUGCAGCUGGAAGACUGCAGAAUGUUUGGGUUUUUAGGCUUUGGGUUUUUCCUCCCUUAAAACUCUGGAUGCCCUUCUCAAAGUCAAACUUGCAGCCUCCCAGCCAGCAGCACUUGUGUUUGUAAAGAUCCUUCCCCCCCACACGCCCUCCACCUCACUGUGCGUGUUCAGAGUGUAAGGUCAGUUUUCAGACUCAGUUUCUUCCUUUUCCUUCUGCCCUCCCCUGGGCCACGCAGCAGUUCUCUGAACAAAAUAAACCCCGUGUUUUCCAGACCCUCCUGUAGAUGCUCAGAUCUCCGGAAUACCUGCUAGGUUUGGCUCAUCCCUUCCCCCUGCCCUCCUGUCUUCAUGUGAACUCAUCCCAGGGCUCCCUGGGGAUCCUGGCGCCCAGGCAGGUGUGGACAACAAAGAACCUUCUCCUCCUCAGCAAAGCUGGGGCUUUGGGCUGGCUCUUACCCUCGUUGGUUUUCCUUUCACUCUGCAGGAAUCUGUGAAACAAACCAUCCUUUUUUUUUUUUUUUUAAUUUAACUUUGUUCUACAGCUGGUAACUCAGGGUUUCUUUCUGAAUUGUACAAUAAACGUGUCACUCAGUUGAUGUUAUUUUACUGACUGACUUCUAGCUGCAGAAUAAGCGACCCCAGCCCUCUCCCCCUGUCAUGUGGGGAUAACGACUCUUGGCUGCCUCUUGGGAGAGCUGCAAAGCUUUUUCAUCUGGCCCUGUGAUGAGAAAACCAGCAGUGCUGUAGUUAGGCUGCGUGUUAUGCCACCUUCCCUCAGGUGCAGUACGUCACUUUGCAGCGGGAAAUAACUAGAAUUAAUUGUGGAAUAAGGCAGUAAUCAACAUGAAAGGUGGCAGGAUGUGGGCUGCAGAGGGGAGCUUCUCUCAGGACAUUUUAACGUUCGUAGAAACCAAUGCUUGGAGGUAAACUGUGCUAAAAAUGUAUUCCAGACCCGUUCUCACUUGCAGGGAAUUGCUAGAGCUCUCCUGGCUCGGUGGUGGCUGUUCCUCGGGAGGAGCAGGAGAACUACAGAGACUGCAGGUGCUCAAGGAUGCGACCGAAGUCAGUAAAUGUUCUCAUAUGAAUUUCUCCUACUUUGGCCUGGUCAUAUAAUGAGGGGACACUUGCUUGUUGCUUUGUCCUUUUGCUUAGUCCUGGUUGACUCUAAAACGGAGAAUUCAAAAAACAUCUCUAAAAUGUACAGCUCUCUUCCUCCUCCUCCACCCCUACCCAGGCAGGUCCUGUUUUACUCUGGAGCAGCCAGCGAGAGGCUGCAGUAGGGAUUCUUUCAAUAUUUAUUCCAAGUGCUGUCCUAGUGCCCAGUGCCUCUGAGAGGAGAAGGCCAGUGUCAGUGCGUGCUCCAUCCCCUCACCGGGAUUGCCGCAGCCCCCAGCAGAGCUGGAUUUAAUGCUUUAAGGCUGGAUCGAUGCCCUUGAUCUGCCUGUGCUGGGUUUACUCUGCUGUGCUUUGGGAGUCAGCGAAGAUGAAUUGAUGGAGUGGCAUCUGUUGUAGCAGAGGUGUUUGCUCUAAUACGCCCAGUGGUUUCCUUGCGUCAGAGGGGCUUGUCUGGGAUAACGGGACUUUGUGCUGAAGGCAGCAGAGCCCUGGCUGCUGCACGUUGCCUUCCCUUACAAUACCUGCUCCUGGCACGGCGCUCGUACUGCUGCCAGUGAACCUGCCUUACGUUUACCGCUGUGUGCUGACUGGUGGCAGUGGCAGCAAAUGUUGGGUACCUUAAACAAGUGCAGUCGCUAGAAACGGCUUUGUGUGGAGCCUGGCUCAGUCCCCGUGGGCUGAAGCAGGCACCACAGGAACUUUUUGGGCUGUUUCCUUUUGCCCUGUUUUGGGCUUCAAGGGCUGGUCUGAAGCAGUCGGAUGGCAGCGCUGGUCAGGACGGUCUCAAACCAAAUGUUCCCCCUGCUGGAAGGGUAGGCUGCAUGUCUGUGUGAAACCGUACGGGUCUGAACACCAGCCAGGAACAAUGCUGCGCCCUGGGUAUAAUCCUCCCCGCGGCGGUGCUGCUGUGAGGCCAGCUGGGGACAGCUCCACGGUGUUUAGGAGACCAGGGACAGGGGCGCUGAGCCCUGCGGUCACAGCCAGCUGUCCCCUGGGCCCGCCAGCACCACAGAAGGGCUGCACCUUGCUCUCCAGGCUGUUUUUAACCAAGUUGUUACGAGCGAUCCUUCUGUAAGUUAAAAACUAAGUUUUAAUUUUUAGCUCCAAAUCAACAAAGUGCUGUUACUUUUUUAAUUCCAGUGCUCAAUAAAAACGGACUUGUUGAUCUUCC